AUGAGAGCUCAAUUCAUAAAACAAACCAGCAGCGAUUUUAAAAAUCGGUUGGCUAAAUAUGAAUAUUCAACCAUUAAAGAAACUCUGAAUAUUAACAAUUUUCUCUCCGGAGGUAUAGAUUGCAUAGAGAAUCUUAUUAUGGAAAGUUUAGCGGAGCAUAUUUGCGUGAAAUUUAAUUUUCAAUUACAAGCACAAUAUACCAAACUUUGCAGUGAUGAAUGGAAAAAAACAAUUAUGCAUCACACCUCCAAAAUGUCGCAAAUAACAAGAAGCGACUCUAUUGAAAAUGUGGUUAGCUGCCAUGUAGAGGAAAUUAAAACUAAAAUGUCAGAGUUUCAGGAAAGAGAUUCUGGAUGGGCUUUAGUCAACAUUGAAAAACUCUACAUUAACAUAAAUAAAUGUACAGUUUUAAGAGGCUCCCAACAUAUAAAAACACCGAAAAAAUUAGCAGAUAGACGCGCUUGCUGCAAUAUUCUUAAUGACGAUGAAUAUUGCUUUAAGUGGUGUAUGGUAGCAGCCUUAACAACACCAAAGCCAAGAAACCCAACAAGAACAUCCUCGUACCCUGUGGAUAUCAAACAGAAGAUAAUAACUUUGACAAACGGUGUAAGUCUCAACUUCAAUGGAUUGAAUUUUCCCAUGGCCCUUAGAGACAUAAUCAUAUUCGAAAAAAACAACCCAAAUAUAAGUGUAAAUGUUUUGGGAUAUGAAGUCAAAACAGAUCAUGUUGUUGGGCCGUACUACAUUACCCAAAUGGAAAAGGAGACCCACGUGAACUUGUUGUUGCUGGAAAAUAAUGAGAGAGAGCAUUAUGUGUUAGUAAGAGACACGUCAAGACUUUUACAUAGGCAGGUUACAUCAAACGCAAAUAAAUUGUACUUCUGCAACCAGUGUUUCCAGCACACCAGGAACCCCAACAUGAUGGAUCAUCAUAAGCGAGAAUGUGGAAGAGUUGUAACAUAUCUCCCUGAGGAAGCCAAUAAGUUCAUGGAGUUUUCCAACUCUAAAAAGACAAUGGACGUUCCAUUUUCAAUUUACGCAGAUUUUGAAUGCGUACUUGAAAAUGUUAACGACAGUAAUAGUAAAUCCCUAAGUAAGCACAUUCCAUGUGCUUUUAGUUAUAAUAUUAAAUGUAGUUUUGAUGAUAGGUUAGACAAAUUUAAUAUUUAUACGGGAGAAGAUGCUGCCGAGGUUUUUGUUAAAAGCAUCGAUCAGGAGUGUAGGUUUAUUUACGAAAAUUAUUUAAGUCUAAAUACCCCUAUGGCAUCAUUAUCACCCUCUGAGGAGUUCAAUUUUCAAGUAGCUCAAAACUGCCAUGUAUGUGAGAAAUUAUUAGGUAGUGAUAGGGUUCGUGAUCACUGUCACAUCACUGGAAAAUACAGAGGACCUGCCCAUAAUAAAUGUAAUUUAGAGCACACUGUACCAACAUUUAUACCCAUUUUCUUUCACAACUUUUCGGCUUAUGAUUGUCACUUAUUUGUGAAAGACCUCCUUAAAAAUAUUCCUGGUAAUACAACAGUACUGCCAGAAAAUAAGGAGCGAUACAUUGCCCUAUCCCAUAAAGUAUAUUUAGGUGGCGGAAAAAUUUUAGAGUAUAGAUUUUUAGACUCCCUCAGGUUUAUGGCGGCAAGUUUAGAUUCUCUAGCAAACAAUCUGGCGGGAGAUACUAUGAAGUCAGUUAGGUCACAUUUUCCAAGCGAUAGGGAAUUUAAUUUAAUGAGGAAAAAGGGCGUAUUUUGCUACGAAUACCUGACUUCGUUUGAUAAACUAGCCGAAACACGACUUCCUCCCAUUGAGGCUUUCUUUAGCAAAUUGUAUAACAAAAAAUGUAGCAGCGAAGAUUAUACGCAUGCCAAAGAAGUAUGGCAUACAUUUAAUUGUGGUACUUUACAGGACUAUAUGGAAUUGUAUUUAAAAACAGAUGUUCUACUACUUACUGAUGUUUUUGAAAAUUUCCGACGUUUGUGUAAAAAAGUCCACAAAUUAGAUCCAUGCCAAUACUAUACAGCACCAGGUCUAUCUUUUGAUGCUAUGCUUCGGAACACUAACAUAAGCUUAGAGCUGUUUACCGAUUUAGAUAUGUACAAUUUUAUUAAGAAUGCUAUUCGAGGAGGAAUAACUCAGUGUUCUAGAAGACAUACGAAAGCAAAUAAUAGGUACCUAAGCGAUUUCAAUCCAUUACUUCUUUCUACCUUCCUUAUGUAUUUUGAUGUCAACAAUCUAUAUGGGGCCGCUAUGAUGCGUUUUCUCCCAUGUGGCGACUUUAAAUGGCUUAAGGAAAAUGAAAUUAUUAGUGAUGUACAAAGAAUUCUGGACUUUGUUGAUGACUCCCCCAUAGGUUACAUUUAUGAAGUUGAUUUGGAUUAUCCAGAUCACUUACAUGAUCAUCAUAAUGAUCUACCUUUUGCUGCGGAAAAUAAAAAAAUCGGUGGAGCUAAAUACAAAAAGCUGGUUGCCGAUCUUACACCAAAGCGAAAUUAUACCACUCAUUAUUUGGUAUUGAAGCAAUGCCUUGAGAAUGGUUUAAUUUUAAAAAAGGUCCACCGAGUUUUAGAAUUUAGACAAGAACCGUGGCUUGCUCCAUUUGUUAACACUAACACAGAUGAGAGGAAAAAAGCAACGAAUCCGUUUGGAAAAGAUUUUUUCAAGCUACUGAAUAAUUCGGUAUACGGCAAAACGAUGGAAAACGUCGAUAAUAGAAAAGACGUAAAACUUGUAACCGAAUGGGAGUAUUCAAAUAAGAAAAAAAUUGGUUUGGAAAGACUUAUAUCCAAACCAAACUUUAAUAGUUUGUCUCAAUUUUCAAAUGAAUUUUGGGCUGUUCAAAUGGACCGCACUAAAGUAAUCUAUGAUAAGCCAAUAUACGUUGGAUUUUGUAUAUUAGAAAUAGCAAAAUUAAUCAUGUAUGAUUUUCACUAUAAUUACAUGAAAAAGAAAUUUGGUGAAAGGUGUCAGUUAAAUUAUAUGGAUACUGAUUCCUUUAUUUACACUAUUUCUUCCGAGGAUUUCUAUGCAGAAAUAAAAGACGAUGUAGAGAAAUAUUUCGAUACUUAA